AUGGGGGGCUCUCUGCCUAUGAGGUGCCUGCGGUCGGGAUCAAGAAGCGUAUUUGGGCGAUAUGUGCCGCAGAUCGAAGCUACGAGCGAUGCGGCAACCUUGGGAAUAAGAGGACUCCGAACAAGACGCCGAGUUGGCAGAACCACAACAAAUGCAGAGGAAGGGGUUGCGGAUAGCCCGAAGACACAAUCCGAUGUAGGGCCCGAAGUUGUGUCUUGGGACGAGAUAGCCGCGAAGAUUGAAGCCUUAGCAACCCAACGACUUCCGAAUUCACAGUCCAAAAAGACCAAACCUCCCAAGCCAGCAGGCAAUAAACAGAAGCCAUUAGCGUUAUCUCCAGCAGAAAAACCUUCCCCGAAACAGGCAGCAACAUCACAACCGCAACAGACAGGCCCUCCACCCAAAUCCCGCGACUACCUCAAGUUACCCUCGAAUUCUCUCUCCGAACACUGGGACACCCUUCCUCCCUCACAAGAACAGCUUGUGCAUGCCGAGAAAUUCUUCCGCCAGAGGCCCCCACGGCCAUUCGUCUGGUCAGCCCCAAAAUUCCACUCCAUGGCCUUCGGCUCCUCCCCCGAAGUCUGUUUCCUCGGGCGCUCCAACGUUGGGAAGUCAUCGCUCCUGAACGCACUCUUCGGUGGCAACAUCGCAAACGUGAGUUCGAAACCGGGCCGCACAAAGAUGAUGAACGCAUUCAAUGUGGGCGAUAGUACGGAUGCGUCCAAGAACCUUGUAGUGCUCGAUAUGCCAGGGUAUGGAAAAGGGGGACACGCCGACUGGGGGAAGGAGGUACUGAAGUAUCUAGGCAAGCGGAAGGAGCUCAAGCGCGCAUUCGUGCUUGUUGAUGCUGAAGUGGGACUGAAGAAAACGGAUGAGCAGCUCUUGGCGAUUUUUAGAACGGAGGAAAUUCCGCACCAGAUCGUGCUCAGCAAAGUUGACAAGCUACUAUUCCCGAAGAACCGGAAACCCAGUGAGGGAGCACUAGAGAGCAGAAUGCAGGUUCUAAAACGGGUGAUGGAGAUGACCAGACGCACCACCCAGCCAAACCCAGAGGAUAUGAGUGGUGCGCUGGGUGAAAUCAUUGGAUGCUGUUCAGAGAGGCCGUUUGGCCAAGUUUUGGGCAUUAAUGAGGUUAGACAUGCUAUGCUGCAGGCAGCUGGCUUGGAAAAAAAGAUGGAUAGGAAGCUAAUUGCCGAGACCGAAAUUGUGUCCCACGACGAUAUCUUUGGAAAAGAUCCUUGA